AGCAGCAACACAGCCGGCCAAGCCAGCCAUCUGCUGAUCCUUCUCUCGCUCGCGAGGCCCGAAAAGUAUACAAACAAUUAUUCCGAUUCAAAACCGACCCACUUUGCCUAUUAUUUAUGGAAUAAUAUUUCAUUCAUCGUGCGACGCACAUUUUCCUCGCUGCUCGGCCGAAGCCAUGGCGCAGUCGAUUAAGGUUUUGGUCUUCCAAAAUUGCAUGCACCGCAUGAUGCAAAGUGACAAAGGCACACAAACAGACGAUUCGUAUUUAGCCGAUGAUUGUGACCCUCGAGCGAAUCAGGAGGCUCUGGAAAGUCCCAAAAGUGGCCCUUACAGCAAAGAGGAGUCAGAGAAGGUGCGAGAAUUGUUGAUUAAGGACCCCAACUGUAUUCUGAUGCAUUCCGUGCAGAAAAACAAACCGUAUUACAAUAUUGAGACGAAUAGUGUGGAGGUCAACCCAAAAACAAUGUACGUUGUUCCGCCAGAGCUACAGGAAAAGGCGCUCAGAAAAUCAAAGUCAUGUGGCUCUUAUCUUGUCCGAAUUGCAAAAUUUUUCUUUGAGCCCUCUAUCGUGAUUUAUUGCACAUGCCACGGUUCACCGAGACAAGGCCGAGGACCUGAUGUGCUAGUGAGGCCUGCCAUUCCUAAACAAAUCUUGAAUGCGAUCAUGAGUCACGUUCUCGCUGUCGGUGAGGCUCAGAAGUGGAAAGACGUUGACAGGGCUGACGUGAUGGUCUACCUUGCCCACGCUUUAAACAUGAUGUUGGCUAGUACCAGGAAACCACGCCACCUUCGGCAAAGGAGUCGUUAUCAAUUGAAACGAAAUAAAAUCAGACCAAACCCUGAAAUCGUUGAUGAAGAUGAACCUCCAAGAUUAAGGCUUAAUCUAAAAUCCAGGUUGCGUCGAAAACAGGCUAAAAAAACGCAAGGGAAAACGCAACAAAAAGACGAUUGAAUUAGUUUUUAAUUUUAUGUUAAAGGAUUUUGGAAAAAUAGUUUCUAAUUGGUUUGUUACCAAUUCAGAUAAAUGUCUGAAUUCCAUUAUUUCAAUUGUAAAAAAAAAAUAAAUUUAAGGAUCAAGUUUACAUUAAAAUGUACUUUUUGUAAAUUAUACUAUGACUGAACAUUAAAAGUUUUCUUUUGAAAUAAAGAAAAAAUUGACUU